GUAUUCGUUAAAACAUUAACGGGUAAAACUAUAACUGUAGUUGUUGAUCUUGAUGAAACAAUUGAUCAGUUAAAAACGAAAAUUCAUACUAUUGAUGGCAUACCUCCAAAUCAACAAAAAUUAAUUUUUGCCGGUAGAUUACUAGUUAAAGGCGAUUCCACUUUAGCUGAAUGUAAUAUACAAUGCGAAUCUACUAUAUAUAUAUUGAGAUUAAAA